AUGCAGGAGAUCCCGAUGGAAGGUGAAGUCGUGAAGGUUGGGGAUAAGGAGUUCCGUGAAACCUCUAGCUUGCGUGAUCUUCGGUGGGCUUGUAGAUACCUACGUCUUCCUCAGAGUGGUGCCAAGAGUUUGCUUUGGACGCGGUUGCAGAAGGAGAUUGCGCUUAGUAAGCUCAAAGCGGCCGUAGAAGCGAGUGAUGCAGUCCUUGCGGAGUACACCCCUGAUGUCAAUCACGGGCCCCUUCCUCAACGGCCCGACGCUCAAACUGUGAUGCUUCAUGAGCUGACUCAUCUUCCUCGGGCCGAUUGGUGCGAAAGCUGCCAAGCUGCUCUUUCGAGGGAGGAUGCACACCCCGAGGUGGAACCAAAGCGGGAAAUUCCAGUUAUCUCUGUUGACUGGAUGUUCAAUAGGACAGGAGAAGUCGAAAGUGAAGAGCACCCUUUGACAACGCAGUUGGUGGCAGUGUGCCACACCACAAAAUACGUCAUAUGUGUGCCCGUCCGCUCGAAAGCAGCUGAGGACAACAAGCCAGCCGUGGAGGAGCUGACGAAGAUGGCUUCGAUCCUUGGCUUUGAGAAAGUGACGUUGAGAGGGGACAGUGAGCCUUCUAUGAGGAAGCUUUUGCAGAUGGUGCAGAUGGCCCGAACUAGACUGGGGCUAGCAACAGAGAUUGAGCUCGCGAAUCCAGACUCGAGCGAGCAUCAGGGAGUGAGAGCAGAACGUUACAUUGACAAAGUUCGUCGCCUUGGUCUUUGCCUUCUGCACACUGUGUCUGCAAACUCGAAGGUUGAGCUGAAAUCUAGUCACCCGUUGUACUCGUGGGCUUUUAGACACUCGGCUUUCUUGCUGACGCGGUACCAUGUGCACUCGGAUGGUGUGACUUCGUUUGAGCUUGUGCACGGUCGGAAGUUUGAUGCCAAGAUUGCUGCUUUUGGGUCAGUUGUCUUCUGUCAGCUGAUACCCAAGCCGAAGACGAAGGGCAUUCCGUGGGAGAAGUGUGUGUACCUUGGUCGUUCGUCAAUGGGUUCCUUGAGCAUUGUGUCUUCAAGCAAGGGCAUAGGCUACGCACGUACAGUUCGAAGGGCUGCUCAAGUAUAUCAACCGGACGCUUUGCUAGCCAUGCGCGGUGUGCCUUGGAACCCCACCCUAGACGUGGUCACAAUGAGAGUUCCCCGUGGUGUUCGCCUGCGUGUUCCUGAACUCGUAGAAGAAGUGCCCGCAGCAACAUCGCCACGUGAAGAAGCAGCUUCAGAUCCGCCUUCUUCCGGAGGGUCAGAGGCCCAAUCUGGGAGCCCAGGCGAGAGCAUUCUUGCAGGUUUGAGUGGUGCCGCAAGCGCGGCCAGUUCUCAGGAGUUGCUUCCAGCCGACAUGGAUGUUGGAAGACUUGAGUGGUUUCCUGCUCGUUUGGUUAGAGAGGAUCAGCCCCAUGGUCAUGAUGAAGACAGCUUUGUUUGUGAUCCUGAUGAAAAUUUAGAGCCACUUGCUGAAGAAGAUCCUGAAAGUGAAGGUGAUGUUUUUGAGAACCCAGAGGUUGAGAAGGGAGACGCAGGGAUGCCGUGGGAAGGUAGAACUUAUGUACAAGGGCCUCCAGAACUUGAUGCCCAGGCACUCGAGGAGCUCGACAAGCAGAUGGAACUGAAGGAGCUUGAUCGUCUCCUUGGCAUGAAAGUGCUGAAGCGCAUGAAUGGAGAUCAUGAAAAGGAUGGCAAAGUUCGCCUUCAGUGCAAAUACGUGUUGGACUGGAGGUUUCGGAGUGGUUGGGUUCGAAGGGCCCGACUUGUCGCGAAGGAGUACCGUUUCCUUGAACCCUCUUUGACAGACCUCUACAGCCCAGCCUCCGUAGCGUCCAGCCACAAGCUUUUGGCCUGCUUAGCAGCAGGCAACAGCUCCUUGGAGCUCCUGAGCGUGGACAUCACUGAUGCCUAUUUGCAAGUAAGACAGCGUAGGCCCACAUUCAUCCAGACGCACAUUGGUGACCUCGAACUAUGCUACAAUUUGCCCGGCCAACGAGCCGGAGCAAAAGAUUGGUUCAUGCACCUCCUUGAGAUCCUUAAGAACAAAGGCCUCAGCAGCUUUGAUGGCAACCCCGCUUUGUUUUGCAAGGAGCAAGCUUUAGCUUUGAACAGCCACGUAGAUGACAUGCAGAUCCUGGGGUUGAAAGGUGUACCAAUGCAGUUGGCCAAUGACCUCAAGUCUGAAGGGCUGAAGUUGAAGGUGGAUGGUCCGGUGACUUUGGAUGGUGGUUCCUCACAUUUUCUCAAGAAGAAGUUUCAAGGGCUUGGAGAUGCAAUCGAGGUGACCCAGGAUGCCAAGUACGCUGAAAGGUUGCAGUCAAUCCUUGGUUUGGAAAAAGCUCAUGGAAAGCACACCCCAUGCCCCUCAAAAGUUCCGUCUCCAGGUGAAGGCGAACGACUAGAUGGUGAAAGCCUCCAGGUCUACAAGCGUUGCGUCGGCAUCCUCAUGUACAUGUGCGCAGAGAGACCGGACUUGCAAUACGUUGUGAAGGUUUUGUCUUCAAGGUCUAGUGCACCUACCUCGUCAGACUUUGGUCUUCUUCGUCACGUCGUGAAAUACCUUAAGCUCCACCCAGUGAUCCCCAUCGUGUUGGAGAAGACGGUGCCAGGUAAAACUUUGAAACAGAAGUGGGAUGGAGUGGACCCAGAUGAGCCCA